AUGUCGAAAGACAAGGCUUUACUUCGGCGGAUGGAUUCGUCUAUUGAUACUAAAUUGAGCUUCACCUACGAAGAUGUGGAACAAAUAGCCAGUCACAUUUUAGACAGAGUGAAAUGCCGACCAAAGCUAGGAAUUAUUUGUGGCUCAGGCUUGGGGAAACUGGCUGAUCUGGUUCAGGAGCGGGAAGUCAUUCCAUACACUGAGAUUCCUGGGUUCCCAUCCAGCACAGUACCUGGCCAUGAAGGCAAGCUGGUGUUUGGAAAACUCAGUGGGAAAAGUGUAGUUCUCAUGCAGGGGCGUGCUCAUUGUUAUGAAGGCUACUCACCCCAGAAGACAACGCUGGCAGUUCGCACCAUGAAGAUGAUGGGCAUCAACACCCUGUUUGUCACCAACGCUGCCGGGGGCAUCAACAGGAACUAUAAUGUAGGGGACAUAAUGGUCAUCAAGGAUCAUGUCAACCUGGCUGGGUUUGCCGGAGUUAAUCCUCUUGUCGGUGUCAAUGAUGAGAGGUUUGGUCCCAGAUUUCCAGCCAUGUCCAGAGCCUACGACCUUGAUCUUCGCAAACUGGCUCUCAACACAGCCAAAGAAAUGGGUUUCGGAGAGUUUGUCCGUGAAGGAGUGUACAGCAUGAUGGUUGGGCCCAACUUUGAGACGGUGACGGAAUGCCGAUUUUUAAACCAGAUUGGAAUCGACGCUACAGGAAUGAGCACGGUGCCAGAAGUCCUUGUUGCCAUACAUUGUGGCAUGAGAGUAUUUGGCAUGUCACUAAUCACCAACAAGGUCAUCAUGGAGUACGAUGCCGAGGAUGUGGCCAAUCACGAGGAAGUUCUGCAAACUGGUGACCGGAGAAGCACUGAUCUACAACAGCUAAUGACGCAAAUUGUGGAUAAAGUUGAGUUGUAA